GAAAAUACUUUCGAACUUUACACAUUCCAAGACGAUGACAAGCGAAAACAAUAAUAAACCAAGCACUGACAAGAGAAAAAAAUAAAAUAAAAUAAAACAAAACAAUAAUGAGAGAAAAAAAUAAAAUAAAAGAAAAAAGAAAAAAUCCAAAGUUCUCAGACCGUGAGAUCCCCAAAAUCCAAAAGCCAGACGCAGAGAGAGCACCGGAAAUUCCACCUGGAUUGGACUAACAAUGCCAGUAUUCAAAACCCCGUUCAACGGCUACUCCGUUAAGUUCAGCCCCUUCUACGAGUCUCGGCUCGCCGUCGCCACCUCCCAAAACUUCGGCAUCCUCGGCAACGGCCGCCUCCACGUUAUCGACUUCUCCCCGGCCCCGCUGGGCCCCGCCGCACCCCACCAGCCAAUCACCGAGCUCAUCGCCUACGACACCGCCGACGGCGUAUACGACGUCGCAUGGUCCGAGUCCCACGACUCCCUUCUAGUCGCCGCCAUCGCCGACGGCUCCGUCAAGCUCUACGACGUCGCUCUGCCCCCCGCCUCCAACCCCCUCCGCUCCCUCCAUGAGCACACGCGCGAGGUCAGCUCCGCCGACUACAACCCCACGCGCCGCGACUCCUUCCUCACCUCCUCCUGGGACGACACCAUCAAGCUGUGGACCGUUGACCGGCCCGCCUCCGUCCGGACCUUCAAGGAGCACGCCUACUGCGUCUACUCCGCCGUCUGGAACCCUCGCCACGCCGACGUCUUCGCCUCCGCCUCCGGCGACUGCACCCUACGCGUCUGGGACGUGCGUGAGCCUGGCUCCACCAUGAUCAUCCCCGCUCACGAGCUCGAGAUCCUCGCGUGCGAUUGGAACAAGUACGACGACUGCUGCAUCGCCACGGCCUCCGUCGACAAGUCGAUCAAAGUUUGGGACGUGAGGAGCAUUAGGGUUCCGAUCUCGGUGCUCAACGGCCACAGCUACGCGGUGAGGAAAAUCAAGUUCUCGCCGCACAGGCAGAGCUUGAUGAUGUCGUGCUCAUACGACAUGUCGGUUUGCUUGUGGGAUUAUAUGGUGGAGGACGCGCUGGUAGCUCGGUACGACCAUCACACCGAAUUCGCGGUUGGUGUGGAUAUGAGUGUUCUUGUGGAGGGGCUUCUGGCAAGUACUGGCUGGGAUGAGCUUGCGUACGUUUGGCAGCACGGGACCGACCCCAGAGCGCCUUAAAAGGGUAGUUUCUGAUUUUCUUGUGAUAGUUUUUGAAUUGUGAAUUUUGUGAUUGCUCCAAUGCUGCUGUUACUAAAUCAUAAUCCCUUUGAUCUUGUAUAGAAGAUUUAAUAAACAAGAAGCUUUCUGUUUUUGUUCUUUGGCUUCUUUGAUGGGAAUGAGAUUGCCUGUUUGUAUUCUCUGUCUUUCUAUGUUUGCUUGAUAAAAUUCAGAGCCUCAAUUAGUUAACAUCACUGCUUCUUUUCAUUAUGGUUCUUGCUAUUCUGGGAUGAUAAUUAUUUGUGCUUAGUGUUACAUGAGACAAUCACUUGAUUUCUUCAGCAAGAUGGAAAUGAUAGAGACAUUGCAAUUGGUACUCACGGUGGAUUGCAGGAGAAAGCCAUGGGUGGCAUUUGUAUGGAUUAUGGUUUGCCAUCUGAUCAUGCCAGUUCCUAGUUUUUCUAACUGCCUAUUAUUGAUGCUCGACUUACAUGCUCUCUUAUGAUUUGGUAUUUCCGAUUUGGUUUCAACGUACACGGUUAACGCUAUCUGCUUAGACUAUGUUUGUUGCUUGAAGGUGAAGCUGUUGGUUAUUCACUAGAAAUGUUAAGGUAUGCGAAGGUUUUGAAAGUCUUUAAUGGCCUUAUCAGUAGAAAUGGACUCGUAAGUGUGCUUGUGUGUGUGCAAGAGAAGCAGGGUAUAAGUUCCUAGAUUUUUAGUGUAUGUACUUAUUGUAGGACCAAAAUAUGGUUAAGCUCUUUGGAUUUAUAACAUUUAGUGCGUUCUUGGAUGCAUAUAGGAUUCUGCAGAGUAAAAGUGCUUACCCUGCUAUUGAAAAGUGCUAUUGCGCAACAUUUCAGCAUGUCUCGUAGAAAUUUUGAUGUAGGAUGAAAAGGUAGGAAAGAAAAUGACACUAGGAAGCUUGAAACAGUGACUUGAUCUCAGCACCCCAACCGAUUAAUUGGAUUUAUGGUUUUAUUUCCGUGGUUUCUUUGUCAAGUAAAGCAUUAACUACAUGUUCUUCACCUAUUCAAUUCUACUUUUGUCCUGCAUUACAGUUUAGGCAAUCAGUUGGAUUUGUUCCUAGCAUGGGAUGGGAGUGCACUAUACGGUCACUGUGAAACCUUCCCAGCAAACUGGGUAGUCAAUAAACUUAUUAGCCGGAGUCCGGAAAGCUGGUAGAGCAAAAAAUGUGCGUUUGAUCUCGACACCAGAAAGAAGCCAAGUUUCCAUUUUCUGUUUGCACAACAAUGCCAAAUUAGUCUUCAGCUGGAUGACAACGAAUGUAUACAGCUGGAAGAGUGGACUACGUAUCUUUAACAAAAUUGUCACGCAGGCUCUUUGCUGACAUGUCAAGAUAUGGUCCACAUGGACACAUCGUGCCAUCAUUGCUGAUAUGUCAAGAUAUGGUGGUCCACUUAGACACAAGCGUUAAAAAGAAGGGAACCUGUCCUUCACAUAAAGAUGAAAGUUUUUAGUCCGAGAAUCGGGAAGGAAUAAGCCUUCGCAAAAGACAAGCGAAUAAUAGAAACAAGAAAUGAGCACAUGAAAAGCACAUGAUAAAGCAGAGUCCAAUCCCAAUGGCAACUUGGCAAGGGCUAACUCAGACGCCAAGCACACAAUUCAUCAAAAUCUCCAAGUCCCAAGACAUCCUUAAGCCUGCCAUGAGAAGCCAAACUUUCUUUGUUUUUGAUGAAGUAACUAA